GCUCCAGCGAGCAAUUCGCCAUCAGGCUGGUGGAUAUAUAGGUUCUUAACCAGAAAAUAAUCACGAUCAAACAUCAGAAAACGCAAAAAGCAAAGCGAGCGACGCUUGAAAGUUACAAUGUCAUCCAACCAUACCUACGAGCGCCCCGGACUCAACAACAUCACCAAUGUUGGCAGUUGGGAACCUCAGCCAAGGUUGAUGUCGCCCUUCGAACCCAGCAAGGUCAAAAGGAUGAAUCCAAAUACACGUACGCUUUUCUCGCCUCCCGAGGCAUUCGGCAUGCAUCAUCUAGCCAACGAGUAUUCGAGCAAAGCUCCAUCUCAGUCACCAAACCUUACAAACUGGACAUCGCCCAUCGCAGACCCAGGCCAGUACAAGAACAAUAUGGACUGGUGGCAUCCCACAGACGCUGGAUGGCCACAGCCAGGACAGCCGCAGACACCGAAUAGCUUCAACUUCGGGGUCAACCAGGCAAAUAAUUUCCACAAUAGACAGCCGCAGCCGUUUUCCUACACUGCUCCCGGAAGCUUGCCGACACCCCCACCUACACAGCAGCUACCUUACGAUGCGCAGGCACGGCGACUUCAGCAGAUGCCUGCUGCGAACUUUGCGGCUCUCUCAACUGGCCAUCAGCUUCCCCACAGCGCACUACCGCAGGCGUUUCCAUACAUGGCUUCGGGCAACUUCCUAGCACUCCCACCUGCACAGCAGCUACCUUACGAUGCGCAAGUACGGCAACUUCAGCAGAUGCCUCUGGCCAAAUUCGGUCUUCCUUCACCUGGAAAUCGCUUUCCUCAAGCGGGAGAAAUGGUUCGGACAACGACAUAUAGCAAUCGCGUUCCUCAAGCUAGGCAAAAUAGUCGAAUGACGGAAUAUAACACACAACAGCCAGCCUCUAUUACCAGCCAAAGGAACCAACUGCUACAUUUAUCAUCAUUAGUCCCUUCAUCAGAUACCCAACAGAAACAGAUUAAUCCUCAUUCAUUGGCCUCAAAUGUCAGCCCCAAGUCUCAGAUACCAACGCCUCCUCGCCAGGCUCAGGGCUUACCAUCGCAAAACACCCAAGGAUCAAAGCGGCCUGCGAGUACUGCCCCGGAUAGCGCAGGUCAAGCAAAAAAGAGACAAGCAACUGCAGCAUCAUCCGCACCAGCUGCACCUCUCGAUUCGAGACAAUAUCAGAGACCAGUACUUCCCAGUGCAUUGAAUAUCACAUCGAACGCCACAACGAGGACCGUAUCGACUACCUCAUCGAGUACCGCAGUGAAGAAUACACUACUGAACACAUCGAUGUCCGAAUCAGAUGCUUUUUCAAGUACCACAUCAAAGACUACAUCAAAGACUGCAUCAAAGACUGCAUCAAAGCCCGCAUCAAAGACUACAUCAAAUACCGCAUCGAACUCCAGAAAAUAUGCCGCUUCGCCUUUUACCAAUCCACAAGCUCAACUUGAUCAAAAAGACCAAAAUUAUGAGAAUCAGCUACGUGAGCAACAUCAGAUUGCCGAUGCCGAACGCCUAGACCGCGAACGUCGCCUAAGUCGCAAAAAAGAACUGCUUACGGAUGAAAGCUCCCUUUAUCGGCAUUACAAUGAGUACCUUCAACAUUUCCCGCUUCAGACCAGCGAGCGCAGGAACCAGUACCUUUCUCGUCUUCUUGCCAACCAAUAUAUACCCAUGCAGACUGAUAGUGAUUUGGGUCGUGCGAUCGCUUGUGCUAAGGAGCACUGGGACAUCUAUAUGGAAUACCCAAAGGAUAUCAACAGGGCUUUGGAAUAUGCAAAAGCAAAGACGGAGAGACAGUCAAAGGAAGAGAAUGGGAAAGGUGGAGCGAACCGGGAGAAGGCCCAGCGCUAAGGGUUCAAUGGGCCGGAGAGAAUCGACCUUGUGAGCUUGGAUGGAUUAGAGCCUUGGCUAAAGCACGAAAUACCGAAGCUAGAUAUUAAUAGUCUACAUGGCUCGUGGUGACGAGAAAUGUGUAGCGAAGAGUCAUGACUGUUUAAGGGGUACGAGGCAGCAUCCUGCUACAUCGAAAACUUGAAUUCUUUGCUUGGUUCUUAGCUUUAAGAGGCUUUGAAUACAAUUUUUACCUUCUCGACAGCGAAACACAGCCGAUCAGUCCGCUCCCUAACAAUGGUGUUGCGCACAAUGUCUUCAGAGCUGUUGUUGAGUUUUCACAGGGUCCUGCAGUGAAAUCCUGUUUCAGAACUACUGAACUACUGAUAUGCGUUGCCCAGGGGCGUAGUAGUGCAGCAACCACGUCAAUUCACACUGCCAACAUAAUCAAGAAACAAUGGAAAGAAUUCGCCUACCAACAUUUAAUAUCAAAUACCAA